CUGCGCGGCUGAGCGGCUGGGAGCUCUGAGUCCCGGAGAGGCAGGCGGGGACGGAACGGCGCAUGCGCUUAGCGUCACAAAGGUCGCAGGACGUCAGAGCUCUGGCCGUGGGGCACCUCGUGAGCUUAGGGGGGCGGCGAGGGCUGUAUAUUUAAGCUCUUUGCCCUACGUGUCCUUGUUCUUUCGGCGAACUUCUGGGCUUGCCUUCUCUUCUGAGGUUUAUUUUUGCCCAAGCCCAGAAACCGGCGAACUGUCCACGAUGAGCGGCGUGACAAAGAAGGUCCUGGAGUUACUGAAGGCUGUAAAAGAUACACGCACCUUUGACAGAGUUUUGGACAAGGUUACUUUUAUCUCUUAUGCUCCUGGGAAAGUGAUUUGUGAAAUGAAAGUGGAAGAAGAGCAUACCAAUCAACUGGGCACUCUGCACGGUGGUUUGACAGCCACCCUAAUAGAUAACAUAUCGACGCUGGCUCUGAUAUGCACAGGAAAUGGACUGCCUGGAGUCAGUGUCGAUCUGAACAUAUCGUACAUGUCACCUGCUAAAAUGGGAGAAGAUAUACUGAUUACAGCAUAUGUUCUGAAGCAAGGGAAAACACUUGCCUUUGCCUCUGUGGAUUUGACCAACAAGGCCACAGGAAAAUUAAUCGCACAAGGCAGACACACAAAACACGUGGGAAGCUGAGAUUAGCAGUCUGACCUAAAGAAACCCAACAAUGAAUAUCAGUGCAAAUUUGAUUUCAAAUUCUCAAAAUAAAGUAGCACAACGAGAAAAAAUAGCUAAGAAACUUUUUCUCUGGGGAAAGACAUUAGAGACCAAGUAGAGUAGGUGGUCCUAUGUUUUUUCAUUUUAAGCCUCUUCAAUUUUAUGUUUUAAUCAUGUGUACAUUACAUGGAUUAAAAAAUUCUUACCUCAAAGUGUUCUAUAAAUUUAAGUAAAGCAAAAAAGCUAGCAGGGCCACCGCCACCUUGUGAUAAGAUUACUUUCAAACUAAAGUCCAGUGAAGUCUUGAUACGUGGUACGGGUAUGGGUGGAACUUAAAGACGUUAUGCUAAUUGAAAUAAGCCAAUCAGAAAAGGAUAAAUACUGUAUGACAUCAGUUACCUACAUAAAAAGACAAGGCAAAUGUACAGAGAUCAAAGCUUAUUAGUGGUUACGAGGGAUUGGAGGGAGGGGAAAGGGGCCAUAGAUGAUAAUGGAAAAAUCUCAUUAAGGGUAGGGUUGCACUGCUGAAUAAUUGCUGUCAAUAAAUUGUGUGCUUGUAAAAAGGUGAA